CGAAAUCUGGAGACAGUUGCGUCAAUCUUGGCGAUUAUCAGAAUCGGCGCGUGUUUUGUGCCAAUGGAUGCCGAAAGUUGGAGUCAGGGCAGAAUCGAUGCAGUGCUGGAAACAGUAAAGCCCAAAAUUUCCUUGGUCACCAGGAAAUGCAAUUUUGAUCUCAAGUACGCCAUUACUGCCGAAGAAAUUGAGGCGGAAUUCAAUAGAACUCAGCCGGGCGAAUUUUCAGCCCAACAUUCUCAUACGACCGAGGAUCUGGAAGAACCCAUCUACACUAUAUUCACUUCUGGGACGACUGGAAAACCCAAAGGAGUUGUCAUUUCUCAACGGAGUGUAUUCAACUAUGUUCAGAGAAUACCAUUUAAUUUAGGAGUGACGGUGACUGACCGCGUCAUGCUUCUUUUCUCCAUUGCAUUUGAUGCAUGUUACGGAGUACUGUUUAGCACCCUGUGCAACGGUGGUCAUCUGCUUCUCUCAGAAUCGGCUGGGUUUCUGCAAGACGCAGAGACUUGCACUAUAUUACCCACAACGCCCACACUACUGCACACUCUUCACGAACCUCGUCGAUAUGAGAAUAUUCGUUGUAUCUUUCUGGGCGGAGAGUCACCGAGCUCAGAGUUGGUUCGAAGAUGGUGGCUACCACAUCGCAAGAUAUAUAAUGCAUACGGCCCAACUGAAACGACAAUUUCGACGAGCAUCGCAGAACUUCGUCCUGAAAUUCCUAUAACCCUUGGAUAUCCUAUCGGCGGAUCUCAGAUGUUUCUACUCAAUGAAAGUCUAGAGGAAUCCGAUCAGGGGGAGAUAUGUAUCAGUGGCGUGGGCCUUGCUAUUGGGUACUUUAAGAACAAGGAAUUGACCGCAGAGAAAUUCAUCCAAUGGAAAGAUCAACGUAUAUACCGAACCUCUGACAUUGGAAAGCGAACGGCAGGUGGCAUUCAAUUCCUAGGCCGGGAAGGUAGCUUGGUGAAAAACCGAGGUUUCUUAAUAAAUCUCGAUUUAGAAGUCGUCCCCGCGCUACUCGGAUUUGACGGCGUACGACAAGCUGUGGCACUUAUGCAUAAAACGAAACUCGUGGCCUUUGUUAGUCCUUCCAAAUUGGAUGUCAAUAAUAUCCGUGUCCAACUUUCAGAAAAGCACGAAGAGUUUCUUGUUCCGGAUCUAAUUUUCGCUUACGAUGAACUUCCUCAAACAUCGAACGGGAAGCUCGAUACUCAAGCUCUGAAACACCGACUAGAUGAGCGAUCAGAUGCACCAAGAAGGAAGCAACAACACACCACGAAAAUAGACAUUCUGAGAGCUGCAGUAUCUGAUGCAUUAGGUUUGCCAGAACCCUCCAUACAAACGGAAUCCUCCUUUUGGGCUCUGGGUGGCAAUUCUCUCUCUGCUAUCACUUUGCUGUCUUACCUGAGGAAAAAUGAGUUCUCUAUUCAGCUUUCUGAGCUUUUCGCUCUUCCGAGUUUGGUUGAGGUGUCUGAGAGACUGCAAAGAAUUGAGACUACACUUACAAAUAUACCUCCGACGGGGGCUGCAGAUGCCUGUACGGCAAAGCCACAAUGCUCGGUGCCGAUGACGGCUGCUCAGGCAGGGAUGGUCAGAUCCAGCAUAAAAGAACCGACAGCAGGAUAUAUGCUUAUUUCGCUUGAGUUUGACGAUAUAAGCAACCAGGAUGCCGCUGCUGAAUUAAGAUCAGCCUGGCAGAGACUUCUGGCAAGGCAUGCGGUGUUCCGGACCUCUUUCGACAUUGUGAGCGGAGAGCAAAAAAUCAACGGAACUUACGAGCACGAUUGGAUGGAGCGGAUUGUUGAGCCGAGUGCUCUGGAUGACGCGGUUCAAGAAGAGUCCGCGAACUUGUUUGCCCUGACAAAAGAGCAAAACCAGAGAGACAUUUUCCGCCCCGCCAACGCCUUCCGACUAAUUACAGCUGCGGGUCGCCGCUCAAUCCUUCUUUGGAUUGUCCAUCACAGUAGGAUUGACGGCUGGUCAAUGGGAUUAAUUGUUCAGGAACUUCGAUCUAUUCUCAGAGGAGCUGUUUUGCCAGAUCCUCCUCAAUUUUCGACUUUUGCGAUCGAUCUCCAGAAUGAAAUAGGAAAGCAGAACGAGAGAGGAAAGCAAUUCUGGAGCGAGGCGAUGGAUGGUUUUCAAGAUGGGACUCCAUUACACCUCCCAACUCCAGAAGUUCCUGGCCAGAAAUAUCAGUUCGGGGAAGCAUCCUUAGAUGUUGGUAUUUCCCUGCCACACAUUCAACGAAGCGCUCGUGAUUUCGGAGUGUCUUCAGCCGUAAUAACGUACGCUGCAUGGACGCUCCUACUAGGCUGUUACACUUCCCAAGAUCAAGCUGUUUUUGGCACUGUCUUUGCUGGACGCAACUCUCCCAUACCCGAAAUAGAAAAUAUUGUCGGGCCUCUGAUCAAUACUUGUCCUUUCCCUGUCAAUAUGAGAAAUCUCAAAACGAGAGACGAGCUUUUAAAGCAUAUUCAGUCCUUGCUAUUGAAGAUUGGAGAUAAUCAGUGGUCCGCCGCUGAGGCUCUAGAACAGAUUGCAUCCACAAGUCAUUCGAGUAUAUUUGAGACAGUGUUAUUCUUGGAAUAUGACUUGCCAGGAUUUGCAAUAGAUUGGCAAGAAAAUGGUAUUACCUUGCGUAGAUUCAACCGCAGGGAUAAGCCCGAAUUUGGAUUGGUCAUUUCCAUUCAAAAUAACGAUGGAUACCUGCGCUUCAAAGGGCUCUUUGAUGAGUCUCUCUUUGAAGCGCCACUAAUUGAUAGAUUACUGAAACAUUAUAGAAACCUCUUUCUUGCUCUUAUAGAUCCAAGGGUGCAAGAGCUUUGCGAUAUCCGAGAGCGUAUGCUGGAACCUUCGGAGUAUCUCACGCUUGUGAGAAACUCUCCCACAUUUUGGGAUCCCUACUCAGGUCCUUCUUCAUUGAAAGAUCUUUUUGAGAAUGGUGUUGACCAAUGGCCGGACGCAACAGCGAUCGAGUCUCUCACACAGUCCAUCACCUACUCAGAGUUAGAUGCAGUCACCAACUAUGUUGCUACGAAGAUUUCUCGUCAUGCCUCCCUAGGGGAUUCUGUCGUUAUUGUCAGCAACCGCAGCUUGAACUGGCUAAUUGCCGUUUUGUCUGUUAUCAAAGCCGGAGCGACAUACGUUCCUUUGGAUACAAAACUUCCACUAGACAGGAUGGGAAUCAUAGUCCAGACGUCUGAUGCUAAGUUGUGCAUUUUUCCGGAUGAGUCCUGUCACAAUCUCUAUUCCACAAUAUCAUCGUCCCAAAAGCUUCUCCUUCAUGAGGUUCUAGGACAUUCAAAGCUGUUACCAGUCCCUCGUUUCACAACAUGCACGACAAAAGAUGAUUCUGCUUAUAUCAUCUUUACAUCCGGCUCCACCGGCAAGCCAAAAGGCGUUCGGGUGACCCAUGGUUCGGUACUCUCAUAUCUGUCCUACGAGCCGGCAAGGAUGCAUGCGCGCCCCGGAAGACGGCACGCUCAAAUGUUCUCCCCGGGCUUUGAUGUAAACAUUGCAGAAAUAUUCGGCACUCUUUGUUACGGGGCUACUCUAGUCCUUGUGGAUCCCAAUGACCCUUUUGCACAUGUGGGUCGCGUCAAUGCAACAAUGGUCACUCCUUCUUUUCUCUCAGUUUGUUCGCCAGAAGACUUUCCGUAUUUGGACACCAUUCUCUUCGCAGGUGAAGCGGUUCCUCAAAGUCUGUCUGAACGCUGGUCUGGUAAUAGAACCGUCUAUAACUCAUACGGGCCUUGCGAAUGCACUAUCGGCUGUUUGUUUCUACUGCUUCGACCGAGAAAGAGGGUUACGCUGGGAUACCCAAUCCCACGUGUGGGAGUGUACCUACUUAAUGCUCAGGAUCAACCAGUCCCAAUUGGGGUGACCGGAGAAAUCUGCCUGUCCGGCAUACAAGUGACUGAUGGUUACCUUGGAUCCGAAAUGGCUUCCAUCAGCAGAAGCCGGUUUGUACCGGACCCAUUUGUUCCAGGAUCUAAAAUGUAUCGGACUGGUGAUCAAGGUGUCUGGACCGAAUCGAUGGAGCUAAGAUUCCUUGGACGAGUCGAUAAUCAGGUGAAAGUGCGAGGAUACCGUGUCGAACUGGAAGAAAUUGAAAACACCCUUCGCUCAGCAUGCGCCACCGUCCGUCAAGCAGCAACUAUUGUCCAUGACGGAAAUCUCGUCGCUUUCGUGACACCUGAUGAUGUGGUCAUAGCGGACGUCCAAGAUGCAAUACGUUCGAAGCUGCCCGCGUAUGCUUGCCCGUCUACUAUUAUUGCUCUGCCACGAUUUCCUACCACAGCCAACCAGAAACUAGACAGAAAAUCACUGAAGCAAUUUAUUCAAUUAACCCCUUGUGGGUCCCGGGCACCGCUUAACAGUACAGAAAGAUUAGUGGGAGAUGUGUGGCGGGAAACAUUGAAUCUCGCUUCAGAUGUCGAGAUUGAUGCUACCGCUGAUUAUUUGGACCUCGGUGGAAAUUCUUUGCGUCAAAUUAAAAUUGCUCGGAGACUGUCCGCAAUUUUCGAAAUCAAAAUACCAAUGCGAUUAAUACUGGAGAAAACAGUGUUAUCUGACCUCGCGAGGGUAUUGGACGAGUAUCUUGCAACGAAGCAAGAGGCCCCUACCGGAGCUCCCUCGUUUCUCUCAGCAUGGCGAACUCUUCCUCAGUCAUGGGAUAAGGCUUCACAUCUGGAACAGGAAAUGUUCCAGCUUUCUUCAAGUUCGAGCAACCCGGAAACUUUCAACGUUGCUUAUACGGUCUCUAUGAGCGGAGACAUCAAACUUGAUUACCUCGAGGAAGCUAUGAAGCAGGUCUUCUUGGAACAGGCUAUUUUUGGUUCCUCAUAUCGUACUGAAGACGGCCUUUUGCGCCGAACAAAAUGCAAUACUUCUCCGCAGGUCAUCAGGAGCAAAAAUUCUCAGCCGGGCCUAAUUGGGGAAUUAGUAAAUACGCCUUUUGACCUGUCUACUGGCCCACUAAUCCGAAUCUUACUGGUCGAGGAAGACGGAUGCACUACAGUCACUUUGGUUCAGCACCAUAUCAUUACCGAUAAAGUUUCUAUCAAUAAUUUCUUCAAAAUUACUCAGAAAUACUACACGCAGCUCUUGCAGGGAAGCCUGCCUCCUCCGCGAGCCAUUGCAUCUGAGCCGAGUUAUGCUGCAUGGGCUUAUUGGAAGGCAAACUUUGUUUCGAAAUCUCCUGAUAUGGAAAAUCUUAGAUACUGGACGAAUCAUCUUGGAAACAUUCGAACGACGCCAUUCACGUCAAACGGCGCUUCACUUUCUGAUAGCCAAGGGUCAUCUACUUCAUUCACCAUCACAGACGACCCUCACUUUUCUGGCUCUUUAGAGCUAUAUGUAUCCGCUGUUUCUAUUGCACUGUGCUCUGCAGCGGGCAUCAAAGACACAGUCAUCGCCAUACCGUAUAUCGAUCGAACAGAACCAGGAACUGGUGAACUAUUAGGCUUAUUCCUGGACCGACUCCCGCUGCGCAUCAAGGUCGAUGAAGGUUGGACGGAAGCUAUUGAACCGGCAACUUCUUCAGUGCGCUCCUCAAUCCAAGGAGCUAUCGCUCAUGCAUUGCCCUACAAAAACAUUCUUAAUGCGGCUUGCGAGGGCGCGCUGUUUGACAUCAUUGUGGUUUACAAUAGGCGGGAAGAUUCGCUCUCGAGUCAAUUCAGCCUCCCAAAUGCCAAGACGGAGGAGGAGAUUCAGCUAAGACCAACGGGGGCUAAGUUUCCCCUCCUGGUUGAAUUCACUGAAACCACGGAAGGAACUGUAUGCGAAUUCGAAUAUAUGGAGAACAUAGUGAGUACUCCAGUUACUGCUCGGAUUCAAGAAAAUAUUCAAAGGGUGGUGGGCCAAUUUAUAGGGCGAAACCGAUAGAGGUUGCGCUUCCCAUUAUAGUGACAUGCUUUGGAUAUUCAAAGUAACAUUCUAGGCGGUUGACGGGUGUUCGAAGGCUUUGAAUUUAAACUUUUGAACUGUUACGCUUUCCAGAUUUUCGUAUAGAUUUUUGAUUUCUUAUGUGAUUUAGAGAAGGGAAUUCUAGAAUCAUAGAUGAAGUUCCUUGAAAUGCCUGACGUAAACUUGUAGUCUAUGGUUUUCACGUACGCUCAUAUUAAUUUAAAUGGAAUCCGCUGCC